UUUCAUUUGUGUGAUGAAGGAAACGCGUGUGGUAAAUAUCUCUCAUUUCUGCCGGUGAUCUCAGUAUACUCGCACAUCAACAGCAAUGAUCCUGUUUGUUCUGAUCUGCAUGCUCUUCAACAUCUCAGGUGCACAAGACAUUCGUACCGUCAGUGACGUGUCUGUCCAAGAAGGAAAAUCUAUCAUCAUCCCUUGUUGGUAUAAUCAUAUGCAUGUAAAUAAUGUUAAAUAUCUGAGUACUGGAGAUCACUGGGCUUUAAGUAAGUAUGUUGAGUUCUCAGAUGGGAGAAACAAACACAAGACAGUCUCCAUAUCAGAUAACAAAACCUCUAAUGUUCUGAUUAUUAACAUGAGGGAUAUUCAGCGGAGACAGAGCGGCACGUACUGGUGUGCGAUUGAUGCACCUAAAUCUCUUAGAAAGAGCUUCAACUUAAAGGUCACAGCAGGUAUUUCUGGUCUGUACGUUGAAGAUCAGAUGUUGACUGGUUUUGAAGCCGGUAGUGUUACCAUCUCCUGCCAUUAUCAUUUGCCGAGAAAAUUUGGCAUAAAAUGGUGUAAGCUUGGAGGAAAGUGUGUGGAAGAAGCACGUGGGACUUUGGACGGGGCGUCUGUGGAGAUCAGCAAUGAUCAUGGGGUAGUGAUUGUGAGCAUGAGCGGACUGAAGAUGGAGAACACAGGAUGGUACUGGUGCUCAGUGAAGGAACUACAAAUGCCUGUUCACAUCGCUGUAUCUGCGAGAAUAGAAACCACCACUACACUCGAGACGACCUCGAACCAGCCCGUGUCGACCCGCUCUGUGAAAUCCACAGGAACCUUCACAUCUGCUCAGACUCCACGCUCCAGUGACGGACGUCCAUUAUCAUGGCUGAUCGUGUUGGCGAUUGUGAUUGUGAGCUGUUGUGCAGUGACUGUGAUCCUGCUGUGCAAAAUCAAGCAAAUGCAGCCAGGAAAUACCAGCGUAAAGAAGCUCAGAGCGUCGGACACUGAGAGGACAGACGUUGACAUAUAUGAAAGACACCAGGCACAGGCGACUCCCAGAGAUGAUGAAGUGAUCUACAGCACAGUCUCACCGAGACACCUUUAGCAGAUGAACACACGAUUAGCUCUCGCAGACGACUCUUCAGUCAAUAGAUCAGACGCUGUACCGAAUUAUAUGUGGAUGAAAACGAGUCUGUCAGGGACAGACAUAUAGUCUUUAUAAUGAUAGAUACUGUAUAAAGGUAUAGAUUUAUAAUUUAGUAAACAGUUUUUGUCUACUGGAAGUUUUUAAAAAGAUGUUUGUUGUUAAACUUCAGUACAAAUCCUGAAAUACUGGUGGACUUUAGAGACUUUACAAUAUGGUUUAUUUAAUAUUAUAACUACAUUUAUUUACAUGAACUAACAAUGAACAAUACUUUUGUACAAUACUACAGCAUUUAUUAAUCUUAGUUAAUGUUAAUUUCAACAUUUAAUACAUUAUUACAAUCAAAAAUGGUAUUUGUUCAUAUUUAACGGACUUGGGCUUACAUGAACAGCUUGUAUAUCAUGUGAAUUUGUUGUUUAAAAUUGUUUAAAGUUGUUUAAAGUGUUUGUUUUUUAAAGUUCUCUUCCUGUUCUCUUGGCUGUGUGAUGUAUGCCAGAUUUAGAUCUUGACGAACAGACCAUAUGUGGGUUUAGUGUGAGGUGAUGUUGCCAAAACAGGAAGUGAGUGUUAGUUUUCAAGAAAAUGCCACCACAGUGUGACCAACAGAGAAAGGCUGGACCUUUUAGACAAAACCAAAAUAACACUGUGUAGAAAAUACAACAAUGAUGUUAGUUGGAAGUAAAAUACUCAUCAGAAGCAAUUUAAAGCAGCUAAAUCACAGGCUUGAGUCACCUGAGGUUAAGUGCUGUAGUUGCAUUCAUGCACAAUGGUGUUUCUUGGUCAUGUCUGUUUGGAGAAGAUUAGAGUUAGUUAUGAAAGAAGAUAAUGUAAGAAUUAUGAAUGAUUGUGUGUGAAACCUGUAUUUGAAUUUGACUGGUUCCUCACAUAUUCUGAUAUAUGAAGAUUAUUCCAUUAAAGUCACCAUGAAAUCAAUUAUGGAACAUUGCAGUGUUUUUUCUUAAUGAUGUAUCAGUGCACAUCAUCAUUAUUGUGUUGAAUUCAUGUUCCUCGUGAUCUUGAAUCAGAAUAA